GAACAAGUGGAGUUUAUUACAGAGGGUGUGUUGCUGGCACGGUGGGAAUGGCUGGGGCUCUUGCCUUCAUCCCAUCCUGCUGUGGUGGCCAUGGCUUGGGGAGCAGAACGGAGACCCCAAAAAAGUCUUGUCUGCCAUGCCAAGCAGAUCCUGGUAGUGCCCUUGAACACCACGCCUGGUCCCAGUGCCCCAUCAAUGCCACAGAGCUCCCUACUCACAGGAGCACCCAAAGGUGCUGGUGUCUCUCUGGCCCCAAAUGUCCCCUCCUCAAAGGCUUUGUGGGGUGACCCCAGCAGGAAGAAGGUGGGGGGCAUUCAGGGCAUGCGGGGGCCUUGUUUGGCAUGGGGAUUAGCAAGCUCCCAGAAGCGAUGGUGGUCUCCCCCCUCCCCACCGGACAUGCAGGCAAAUAUUUGUGCCCAGACUUCGCAGGACAGCGAGAAGGAAUUUCAUUCUUGCGCCCACCUGCGGCUCGGCUGCCUGGCAUUAACCCCUUCACCACUCCAUGGGAUGGAGGGAGAGGGAUGAGGUGCCCUCCCGGCACACCCCGUGCCCCGUACUGAAGUGGGGAGCUCAGCUGAGGAGCAGGAUGGGAGAAGUGGCACAGUGGAAUCACCCCAGGUGCCGGCAGAGCCACUGGCACAAGGUACCCUUGCCCAAAGCAGUAGCUGGAGGGUUCACCCAGGGGCAUCCUCUGGGAAGCACCCAGGGCUUUGUGCUGCAGUGCUGGGCAGCAAGUGGCCUGCGGGGAAUUGGGAAAGGUGGGAAAAACUGUGCCAGCCUUCAUCCCCAAGCUGCAGCACCCUGACCAAGGUGCCCCUUGCAAGUCCCUUUGCCCAGCGUCACGGUGCUCUCCUGGGACAGCUGUCUGGGAGCAGUUCGAGGAGGAUUUGCCCGCGGAUGUUUAUUGCAAUUUGCAAAUAUAGAAAAAAAGCCCAGAGGAUCCAGGAGGGACCCUGCUCCCGGGGGCUGCCCGUGCCUGGGGAGGGGCUGCCCGGGCAGAGGGUCCCCCGCUGCCUGGCACCCCCAGAGCCCCGCUGUGCUUCUUUCCCUGGCCCCGGGGCCAGCUGUGCCCUGAGCAAACGGGGCUGUUUGCUCAUGCCGGGAUUAGCCGCUCCCUUUGUUCCUUUGACUUUCUCUUUCCUUUAUGCCAGACCCUUUUAUGGGGGCUUCAAAGGGGGCUAGGACCCCCCUCCCUGCCCCUGGAAGGCUAGGUUUGCUUCCCAUGCUACUCCGGCCUUGCACUGAUAUCCUCGGGGUGCCCAUGGAGCACAUCUGGGUGGCCCGCGGGGACAGCAGCUGUGCCACCGAUCCACAGUCUCCCCCCUAACCUGGCGUCUUCCCCCUCGUCCUCCCCCCCUUCCUUGACUCCUGGCACCUCCUGCUGUUUUCAGCACCUUGGCAAAGUGGGUGCGAACGGCUGCCCCUGCAGCGGGAUUCCCGGCACUUUGCACCCUGUAAGGAGAGGUGGGAAACUUGGCACCGGGAUCCGGCCAGCUGUGCAGUCCCUCAGCCCCGCCUGGCUUCCUGUCCCCUGCCAGAGCCCUGGCUGCCUGGACGGAGCCCCCGCAUCUUUCUGGGGUUCCUGUGCCUCACUGCCCCCGCAUCCCCUCCCUCCACAGCACACAGCAUCGCUGGAAUCGGGCUGGGGCCCGCAGCCGGAGCUUCCCCCCCACAUCCUCCUCUGCCCCUCUGACACGGACAGCAAAUGCAGGCAUUGCCCUUUCCAGCAGAGGAAUACCGGGCUGCCUGUGGGUUCGGGCUGACACUGCCCGAUAGCUUCUGGCAUGGCUGAAAAGGAGCAUUUUGGAGUGAAGGGACUAUUGUGUGCACCUUAGGGUGCCUCAGUGACCAUGGGGACCCAUUAGACCUCCAGUUUCCAGUUGCCCUCCAGUUUCCCCCGAUGAAAUUUUGCCUAAUGAAGAGGGAAUGCAGGGCACCUGGCAUCACCAAUGGCUUUGCCAGGGAGGGAUGGGGACACAGGCAUGGAGGGAGCAUGGCAGGGACUGACGUGGGGCUGGUGAUGGGACUGGGGCCAGUGCUGGCAGAGGGGUUAAGGGUGCUGAUGGGUGUGUUUGCAGCUUGUCACGUCCGCAGAGGGCCACGGCCGUGCAGGGGAAGCCUGGAGGUGUUUGACCCCGGUGCUCACAGGUCCCGUUGCUGCCAGCUGUGCCCAGGCGGGCUGGGCUGCCAGUCUCAUCCCUGGAGCUGUGGCACCCACUGGACCCUCCAUCUGGGCACCCCAUAAGGUACCAGGGCCACCCCCACCCCCUGGACAGGCACAGCAGAGGCACUGACCACCGAGGCGCUGGCUGCCAAGCGCUCAGGACAGGGGCCAGGUGACCAGACGCCGAGGGCGCCCAGGGACGUCUUUCCCUAGCCCAGAGCCAAGGGAGGAAGCGGCGGGAGGCAGGAAGCCGUCCCCCGGGCCCGGGGCCCCUGCUGUGAUUUUGCUCGAAGGUCAGCGGCGACACAACAGGAAAUCGUGCUGCCUCGGCUGGGCGGCCAGGCCGGAGCCGCAGAGCCGCGCUGUCCCGGGGCCGCUCCCGGCCUCCGGCCCUCCGUCCCGGCUGGGCGGCUCGCGGGGAGCCCGCGCCAACACUGCCCUCCAUGGAAGGGGGACGGGAGCCGGGGAGCAGCCGCUGGCCCCAGGGCGGAAGAUGCAGGGCCGAAGCCCCCAGCUGAGCAUGGAGCUGAACAGACUGCUCCUCCUCACAUCCUUCCUCCUGCACGUGAAGGAAGACCAUGCCAGCCCAACACGGCUGGUCUGUGACAACAGGCUCAUCCAGAAGUACAUCCUGGAGGCCAAAGACAUGGAGAAGAGAGUGGGCCAGUGCCAGGCCCUGCCUGUGCUCAGCUGCCCUGUGGUGCUGCCCUUGGUGGACUUCAGCCUCCAGCAGUGGAAAUCCAAAUCGAAUGAGACAAAGCGGCGGGAGAUCCUGUGUGACCUGGCCCUGCUGGUGGGUGCUGCCACAGGGGCCCUGGGCCAGGUGAGCGAGGAGUGCGGGGCCAGGCAGCUGAGCCAGCUUUACCAACAUGCCAACUCCUUCUUCCUGCUCCUGCAGACCUUCAGCUGGGAGGCAGGACACUGGGAGCUGAGCUGCUCCCCACACUCCAUGGAGCAGACCCACAUCACCAGUGUCUUCCUCACCUACCGGCAGCUGGUGCAGGGCAAGUUGCGCUUCUUCUUCCACGACCUGGCCAAGGUCUUGUGCAAGCAAGGACAGGGGGGCAGCAGAGACCCUCCAUGCGGGGCCCAGUGAAGCUGCACACAGGGUUCACCCCAAUGUGACUUUAGAGAAAUCCUGCUGGACACUGAGCUGUGCUCUGGGUGCCCAGGAAGAUGCCCACAAGGAAAGGGUUGGCUCCUGUUCCUCAAGUCUUCGGAGACCAUGCAACCCACAAAGGCAAAGAGCAACACCCACGUGCUGGUGGGCACAGGCCCUGCUCCCACCUGGGCAGGCACCUCUACUGUGAAUGCUUUUCGAUUAAAGAGCUAUUUUUCUAAA